GAAUCGAUGUAUCGAUCCUUGGAAGAAAGCAGGAAGGAAGGAAGGAAGGAAGGAAGGAAGGAAGGAAGGAAGGACAGGAAAGAAAGGACAAAAGCAUGGAAGCGUUCUUUCGUAGGCGUGUGAUUCGGGAUGAAUUGGAAUCGAGCGAAAAGCGCGAGCAGUUGUGUGUACAAGAUUACGAAAAUAGAUGUGUUCCUUGUCCCGUGAGAAUCACUGUUCUCGUUCUAUCCCGUCUUUCAGCUAUCUCAUUUUACUCGAUGCUACUCGUUUCAGCGACUGCUCGACAUUUAACAACAGGAUUAGACAUUGGUUCGCGUAUUGCAGCAAUUCUUAGGGGACGGCCCCUACCAUCUUACGAUAACACCGCCGUUCUGGAUAAUUUGAGAGCGGACAUGGAGUACAGGGGGAGACGAGCUGCCAUCAAGCACGAAGACGGUGUAUUCUGGGACUCUGGCAAAAUGUCCUAUCAUUGUCCUAUAUGUAACGCAGGUUACACCUAUAAGAAAACAUUGAAGACGCACAUGAAAUACGACUGCGGAAAGGAACCGAGAUUCAAGUGUCCUUAUUGUAACAAGAGGGACAAGUGUUCGUCGAAUAUUUACAAACACAUCAGAAUGCGACACGACGGAAUGCCUGUGAUCGUUCAUCGAAAUUAAAAACGAUCUUUCCCCUUUCGUCAAAUUUACGUUCGAGUUUAUCUCGUCGGUCUCGCGAUUUCCAUUUAAUCCGCAGAUUAAAUUCGCGGUUGCCUUAGCUCGACAAAGGCGCUGAUUCCCAGUCGUAAUAUAGCGAUGUGUUCCGAUCUAAUCGGUGUCAUUUGGCCGCGUCAAGUUUGUCGAUCUAUCGGUCUAUGCCGCGUUUGAAAACACAAGGAUAACGGCGUAACGUCCGGCACGAUUCGCAUCGAAGUAAACAACAAGUUUCCCUCGUGUCGCGUACAACUCUCCGCAGUUUCGGAGACUAGGCUACUGGCAACGCGUGCACGCGUAUUCCGGUAUUUUCGUAGGUGGCAAGUUUCUAUGAACUUUCUAUGAUAGAAGAAGAUGAAAAGGACGGAAGGAAGAGGGAGAGGGAACAGAGAAGAGAAAGAAGAAGGUGGAGAAUAGGAAGGAGAGAAAGCAAGCGAAGCGGAAAAUAAGAGAAAAGAGAGAAAAGAGCAAAGAUAGUAGAGAUUUAGGAUUAUCGAGAUCGAUUAAAAUUGCAAGUAUUGAGAUGGACGAACAGGUCGAGUGUUUGCGAAGUAGAUACGCGAAACAGAAUGAUACACGAUGUAUCGUUUACCUCAAUAAAAUCGUCAUAUCUUUAA